UCAUUCUUAUAAAGAAACUGCAACAAAGAAGGAAAACCAGUGAGAGAAACGGGAAAACCAAGAAGAGAGAAAAAGAUCCUACCUUUCUCCCAUAAAAACUUGAGACGAUCCCUUAUUCCUCUCGCUACCUCGAAACACAAGAGCAAGGAAAGAGAAAAAAAUGGCGAAAAAAGAGAUGGAGGUGGUGAAGGGGCUCGAUCUGCAGAGGUACAUGGGUCGCUGGUACGAGAUCGCCUCCUACCCGUCGAGGUUUCAGCCCAAGAACGGCGUGGACACGAGGGCCACGUACACCGUGCAGGAGGAUGGGACCGUGCACGUGUUGAACGAGACCUGGACCGAUGGCAAGAGGGGCUACAUUGAGGGCACCGCCUACAAGGCCGACCCUGGCAGCGACGAGGCCAAACUCAAAGUGAAGUUCUAUGUGCCUCCGUUCUUGCCCAUCAUCCCUGUGGUUGGCGACUACUGGGUCUUGUACCUUGAUGCUGAUUAUCAGUAUGCUCUCGUUGGUCAGCCCAGCAGGAAGUAUCUCUGGAUACUGAGCAGACAGAGUCAUAUGGAUGAAGAAAUUUACAAUCAGCUGGUUCGGAAGGCUGAAGAAGAAGGGUAUGAUGCCAGCAAGCUCCACAAGACUGCACAGAGUGACACUCCACCAGAAGAAGGACCCAAGGAUACCAAAGGCGUUUGGUGGAUCAAGUCCAUUCUAGGAAGAUAGGGGUACUUGAUUUUAUAGCAAGCUUGAUGAAGAUGAUGAUGCAGUGGGCUUCAUGCGCUUCCGAGUAAAUAUUGAGUUUUAAAAUAAGCAGCAUAUGAUGUACCUUUGUUUUAAGUCAAUCCGCAGCUGUAGUCAUGAGCACCGUGUGUUCAUUUUGUUUGAUGUAUAUUUUGCUUCUGCUAUGUGGGUAUAUUGUAUCAGGGAUGAUAGGAGCUGUUCAAUUAUGAGAUCCUUCUUGCAUUCCUUUGUGUUUUGACUGAGUCUGGGUUACCGGGCAAGUUUUCCUGCCAGUGACUCUGUGAUUUAUUUUAGCUGAAAGAGAAAGAUAAUUGGAACUGUCCACCAGACCUUAUCUUGUUA